GGAGUAUUACAAAGAGAAAUUAAAAUCUGCUUGUUUGAUACUGAUGGAUAGAUGAUUCACUAUUUUUUGUUUGCAAACCUGGAUUUUAUUUAAACAGCUAACUGAAAAAACUUUCGGGAUUAAGCGCUUACCAAGUUAUACAACAUGACUUCCAAAAACGUUUCUAUGGUAUUUCUUUGCAUCGGGAUUGUUCUCUGUCGAAAAACCACGACGGGUGUGCUGGGCUUCGAAAUAAUCAGACCGGCUUACAUGGGCCAAUUUUGGCAAAAAGUCUAUACCGUGCAUUCUGAAAAAAAGUCUUGGUUAGAUGCUACGAAUGUUUGCAGAACCAAUGGAUUCCCAUUACAGUACAACGAAUGGAGGCCUGUCAAUGAGUAUAUUAAAAUGAAAGCAGAGAUGAAGGGUUGGAAUGCUUCUGAGGACGUUUGGUUAGGUCUAACAAAACACCCAAACAGCAGUUUGUGGAAUAAAUGCAGAAAAUCUCGAAGUGCAGAAAUAAACAUAACUCUACCCGGACAAAUCUUUUACGAGAGGCAAUGUGCGGUACUCAACAUGUCCAGAUCUUCAGCACACUCGAACACACUUUAUGCUGAACGUUGUGAGGGCAAAGCCUUUGGAUUUGUGUGUCUUCAAAAACUCGGAAAGAUUCCAGACGGCAAGUUGCUUAUAACGGUUGCAUACAUGAAAGUUUAA